AUGACCCUAUUCAAAAUGUAUCAGCUGGUGCCUCCAGAUAAUUCCCAAAGGACCUUAGAGGCGUUGAGUUGCCACUUUGAACUUCUGCCUAGACCCUGGACUACCUCGCUUGGUCACUCGCGUGAAGGAAUUGGAUACUUGGUUGGAAAGGGAUCGCGUCACAUUAAACAGGAGGUCUCUCAAACUCUUGAGUUAAGUGAAGUUAUUCACCCUCUCCAAGGGAAUGAAUCGUUUAUAGGACGUCCAAACCGAGAAAGAAACCGUGCAUGGGAGAACCUGUUUCCAGAGGACGGCGGAUUCUUUAUCCAUCCAUCCAUAGCCCCAGAGAGGUCUGUCUUCUCGACAUUCCAUCAAGUGCAUUGUCUGGAGCAAAUAUGGAGGAGCUGGUGGUCUCUCUAUGACCAAGAAAGUAGGCCACCCACUGAACCAGACCAUCGCCAAAAGAGGAGGAGCCAUCUGCACGCCCCCGAUGAGAAUGGACAACAUCAUCAUCAGGUGCCAGAGACUGUCCACUUCAAUCACUGCGUUGAGCUGCUUCGUAAUGUCCUCAUGUGUCAGCCUGAUUUAACCGUUGAGGUUGCGAAUCCGCAGACCGGUGGGGUGACGGGUUUUGACAGCGAACACAAGUGCCAGAAUUGGGACGAUUUGCUAAGAUGGACGAGGGAAUGGCAAACUCAAUCGUAGUUUUAGAGGCAUACUUGCUUUGACUUCCGAAAUAUGCC